AGUCGAUCGUGAAACCGGUAAAGGGAACGGCAAUUGUUGCGGAGUUCUGCAACAUUUUGCCGGCCUAUUUAUUUAAUUCAACGAGGCAAAUUCCAAGUCGGUUUUAUGACGAAGCUUUGUCCAUAUUGAACCGACAUUAAAAUAUUUGAUACCUGAAAACUGAAACCUGUGGUGCAGCAUAGAUGCAACAAUGAAUUGCCAAACAUAACUACCACAACGUUUUAUUAGUUGUACUCAUAUUAGAUAGUAUAGUGAACCUACUACGGUAAAAAUUGAUGCGCCGAGAGAAGGGCCAGAAAUAUGUGCUGAACAAGAUUGUGAACUGCAAAGGACUCGACAACGAUGUUAUACAAUGGACUAACUUAACGUUCGAGCGUGACAGAAAUACCAAAGAAUACACGUAUAGUCUGAGACUAAAUAUAAUAAAAGAAGUUAGCACGAAAUUCUCUAUGGAGAUCUCUAUAUGGAAAUGCGAUGCUUCUGGUAGUGUUGACAACUGCGAAUACAUAGUGAAACAAUUUAGGCAAAAUGGCGUUUGUAAAAUAUUGAACCAAAAGAAUCAAGUGUACACGGGUUUCCUAGAAGACUUUGAUAAACCAUUGGUUUGUCCAAUCAAACCGGGAGAAUACGUCGUAAGAAAGGGAAAAUUUAAUCCUUCAUUCUUCAAAUUCUUGCCUGUCAGAACUAAUAUAUUAAAAGCGGAACUAAAGGGCUUCGACGGCGGUCAACUUAUAUCCUGCGCAAAUGUGCAAAUCCGUAUCAUGCAGUCCAGAAAAUUUGGAUAAGAAAGCGAAAUUGUUGCCUAUGCUUGUGAAAAUAUAUAUAA